AAGGACAUCUCUUUUUGGGGAGGUCUCGCACUCCUCAUCUCCAACAUGACCGGCCCUGGACUUGUCACGCUGCCAAUUGUCGCCCAGUCCGCAGGAUGGCUGCCGACCGUCCUUGUCUUCGGUCUCGUCGGCAUCCUCAGCGCACUCAGCAGUCUAUUUAUCUGCGAGGCCAUGACUGAAGUGCCUGGCAACGAACAUCUUCAAUCCAAUGUCGAGUUCUCCAACUUGGUCCUGUGCUUCUUCGGCAAGCGGUACCAUCUCCUCGUGCAGAUCAUUUGUUUCCUGGCUAUGCAGACUACGAACAUCGCAUCCAUUGCAGUCUCCGCCCAGCUCUUCGACAAUCUGUUGAUUAAAAUCUUUCACCGGACAUGCGGUAUCCAAGUCUACCCAAAUGCUGCCCUUGUCUGCGUCAGCGAGCAGCUGUCGUCUGCCAGCCCCUUCACCGGAGUCAUGAUCAUGACGGCAGGUGUGCUCCUCUCCAUCAGCAUGAUCCUUCCCCUCGGCCUACUCAAGCUGAGCGAGAACAUAUGGGUCCAGCUGCUGUCCUUCAUCCUUAUCCUGCUGAUUGUCCUGCAGUGGAUCGUCACCUUUUGCUUGCACGGACUUGACAGCACGCUCGUACCCGCAGUGGGAUCGGACAUAUCGCAGACAUUCGGCACUAUCCUUUUCAACUACGCCUUCGUCACCACAGUACCAUCAUGGGCGAACGCAAAGCAGCCGAACGUAUCGAUCCACAAGACCGUCGGAUGGGGUGUCGGUAUCACGACCAUCAUCUACGCCGUAGUCGCUAUCUUGGGAGGCAUGGCCUAUCAGAUCUCGAGUGAUUCGUCGCUUAUUCAGGCUAUUAAUUCGUCACCCGAUGUCACCAUCCUCUCGUUAAUCACAGGAUACACCUUCCCCAUUGCGGCUCUUAUCACAUCGAUACCUAUCAACAUCAUUGUAAUCCGUUACAAUCUCAUCCAGGCUGGCACCUGUAGCCUUUUCUGGGCCAACAUCGCCGCUGGUGUGCUUCCGUGGUUAGUCGCGAUACCCUGUAUGACCGGAUCAGGACUGACCAAAGUCAUCAACUGGAGUUCGCUCUUCUUAGUUUCGACAGCCAACUUCAUCAUCCCGCUUGUUUUAUACAUCUACUCCAAGAAGUACAGG